AUGUUCACCUACAAGCUGUUGUUGUGCAUUGGAAUGUUGCUAUGCCAUCUGACUUGCAUCUUCAUGGAUAAUGAAGCUCUCAAGGCUACCGCAGAAUCUUCCUCUGGCUCUGACUCUGCCCCUGACGAUGGAAAAAAUCCAGAAAAACUGCUAUCUUUGUUGAAAGACUUUAAGGAGUACAUGUGGGAUCUCAUUAAGACCUCAAUUCCUCCAGUAGCCAUUUUGGCAUUUGUCAUCUCCACCGUGUUUUUGGGAAGCAUCUGCUGCCUCACGUAA